AUGGAGUUGAGGGGGGAGGAGGCUUUGUAGUGGGUGGUUCUUGAUCAUUUGGCGGAGGAGGAGGGGAUCCUUUCGAGGUCUCAUUUUCUGAAACAGAAGCCGGAGAUUGAGCUGAAUUCGACAUUACCCCUAGUCAACCUUUUUCCUUCAAUGCAUUCCCCUAGGCCUACAGUUCAGUCGUCUGCGGUUCAAGCCAAUCUCUGGGACCUCAAGAAGAUGAAAAAAACUAAGCAAUCCAAGGACCGCCUCACGCCAUAG